CAAAAAAAAAACUUUUAUCUUUUAAAUAUGUUUUUGCUGCUAAACAUUGUGAUAGUUUGCCACCGGCACAUUAUUGUAACAAAUAGUAUUUUGUCAAUUUGUUUUAACCAUGCCAACUAUGCAAAUAUGAUAUACUGAACAUAUAUUUCAUAAAAUAUAUCGACUUCAAAAAAACAUAUAUUAUGCAGGCCCAACUGAAGAAAAGGUUGAGAAUGGUGUUGCGCCGUUUGGCAAAUUUAAAUGAAGCGCACCAGAAGGCUCAAGAAAUGAACAACGAGCUCAUUAAUAAAGUAGUCGAAUCGGAAUUGGCGCUUUCAAAAGCCAAGAGCGAAAAUUUCAUGCUUACAAAAAAAACAUUAGAUUUAAUGUUUACACUGAGCCUGAACAUAUCCGAGAACAAUAAGCUCAAGCAGUUACUCCAAAAACUCGACGUGGAUACAAACAAAGCUCUCACCACGGUCGGAGAAAUUUCUAGCGUACUACUAAAUACCAAACAUUGUUUAACGGACAACCAGAAUUUAUUCAAAAAGUCUGGAGAGAUUUCGUUAAAAGAAAAUUCAAGAAAUAGUGGCAAUACACCGACAAACAUUUCAAAUAAAUUUAAAAAGUCUGAAAGCCAGACCAUGAACUCAGUAGCGACUAUUAAGUCAUUAAAGAGAAAUUCUCAAGAACUUUAUGCAAGAAAGAAAAAUGAUCGUGAAUUUAAAAUUUAUUGUGGGAUAGAGGAUAAUCUCAGUCCUAUUACUGAAAUUAUAUCACCCCAAGUACUAAGCGAGAUUCGGUAUAGAAGGACUCUCGGUAGAAGAUUCUUAGAUCUUGAAAGCCGAAAGGAUAAAGAAAAUAAAAAUAACUCUUUCAAUCAAGUUCAAACACUUGCGCAGUCCGAACUAGACGAUAAUGAGAAAAUUAGAAAAUCAUCAACAUCGUCGAACAAUGAGAAUUCGUCUAAAAGCCAAAGUAGUAACAGCAGCAAUCAAUCAAUUGACAAUACGCCAAAGAAAAAGAGAACGAGUUACUCGAAAAAUUCAAACACUUCUAAACAGAGGUCUAUUUCUGCCAAAUUGUCCUGCACCAGUGAGCUGGGUGUCGAACAGAACAAUUUAAAAUUACAAAGGAAAGAAGCGUCUACAACAUUUGAAGAAGUGACAGAAACCCAAAGUAAAAGAACCAGGAGGAGAAGGGUACAAACUGGAUCUACAAAAGACUGCCAAUCGAAGAAAAGAAGAAGUAUAACUGAUGAGAGGUUGUCGGAAAGCAACCUUUAUUCUUUCAACAAAGAGAAAGAAAACAGAGGGAGCGGUUCGAGGAGGUCACAGAGGACAAAAACGAAAGUUACAUACAACGAAUAUUUCCUGUAACAAAAAA